AUGGAGGGUAUUAAACUAGAUAUGACGAUUUUAGAAUCACGAAUGCUUGCCGCAAUGUCUGAAAACCAGCAUGAGUCGGAUAUUAUCUCACUAAGAGUAAAACUAGUAGAUAUGGAAGCCGUUGUACAUAAUGAAGACGAAAUUAUUUCCCGACUUAGCGAAGAAAAUCUAUCCUUUAGGUCAAGCUUAUUGAACCUUGAAAAAUUAGUGCAUUUCAUGUCCCAAGAGUAUCGGAACAAAAGCAGUGGAGCGAUUAACCUAUCUAAUAUUACAAAAGAACCCUCAACGCGUAACCGCAAGCAAUCUAUUAAUUUGAAUAAAAACAGUUUGAGUUCACCUCGAAAUAUCGAUAACAAUCUACCUCACGAUAACCAACAACAUGUUAGUCCGUCUGUAAGUAAUAUUGACUUUACGGCAGACGUGCCCCAGCCUAAUUCUCAAACUAAACAGAAAGUAGAUCUUACGGCAGACGAUCGUAUGGCAGACGAGUCCCAGCCUAAUCCUCUAAUUAAACAGAAAGUAGAUCUUACGACAGACGAGCCACUGCCAAACCCCUUAAUCGCCCAGAAUAAAGAAAUUAACUUACUCAAGAACGGGAAUUCAAACUCGAAAACAAAAUUUAACCGCGUCAGUAACGAAGAUAAAAAUAAAAAGUACGUCAACUCUCCCAAAAGCUCUAUCCCUUGCCCCUUUCUAUCCCGCCGAGGAUGGUGCGCUAAAGGGAACCGUUGUGAUUUUCAGCAUAAAGAGCCUGGUCGUGACAAACACAAAAUAUCCUGUCCUUUUCUACGAAGGAAUGGUUUUUGUUUGAUUAUCAGGCCCAUUUUGGAAUAUUGUGCCCCAGUUUUCCAUUACUCAAUCCCAUCCUUCCUGUCAGAAGAUCUUGAGACGCUACAAAAGCGAGCACUGAAGAUCAUUUUACCCGCGAACUCAUAUAGCGAAACUUUAGAAUAUUUCAAUCUUCAAACUUUGUUCCAAAGACGCGAAGAAAUGUGUAACAAACUUUUUACAAAUACUACUAACAAUCCGACAAACAAACUGCAUAAUUUACUGCCUCCCAAACAUGAGUCG